CUCAACAAACUAAACAUGGCAAAACAGCGAAGCAAACGAAACAUCCCGUCAAGUUACCAAACAGUGCGAUUCAUAGACGCAAUUCAAGGAUACAGAGCAGCCGUCGCCACUUCCCAGAGAUUAUCGGGGCAAUUGCAGCGACCUCAGUUGGACCUCGAUUACGUAGUAGAGCCAAAUGGCGUCCAUGGAACUCGAUAGGGAACUCUAAUGUUCCUGACCUUGAUAAUCCUAGAUUUUCCAUUAACGUAUUGCAGCUCUUGACAUCUGCCCAGAUGCAGCACGGGUUCCGUCAUGGAGACUACACUCGCUAUCGGAGAUACUGAGUUGGAACUUGACUCAGUUUGUUGCAUAAACAAUGUUAAACCUUGACAAAUCGAACAGUUGAUUGCCCAACCCCUGGAGUCACUUCUCGUUUCUCUGGCAGCACAGUUUCUGAACCAUUUUCCAUGCUAUGAGCUGCACUCAAAUGGCAGCUAAUCGACUUCCUCACCUAAAUUUCACUUUCAGAGCUAGAACCCUCGCAUUAACAUUUACAGAUGUAGAACCUUUACUUCGAGUUCGUGCUUAUUUCAAUUCUCUCAGACUUCACUCUAUCUUUUCGCUAUCAAAACUUCAUACUGAUCCGGGACCUUCUGAUCAUCAACCUGUCUCUUCCUCGAAUUCGUUCCUAGUUGAAAAGAUUCUAUUUGGAUUGAAGCAGAAUAACGUAAGUUCUUUGUCCACUUCCUUGUUCCACCUCAACGCUUCGCAGUUAGUUGAGGUUCUUUUUUCGUGUCGUGAAAAUGUACAGUUGGGCAUACGAUUUAUCGGUUUAGUUUCUUCUAACUGCCCGAAUUUCAAGCACUCGUCACUUUCUUUGAGUGUUAUGAUUCAUUUUUUAGUGCGCGGUGGGAGGCUUUCCGAAGCCCAAGCUUUGAUUCUUAGGAUGGUGAGGAAGAGCGGCGUCUCACGGGUUGAGGUCGUUGAAUCUUUAGUUUCGACGUGUAAUAGCUUCGGGUCGAUUCCUUUGGUUUUCGAUUUGUUGGUAAGGACUUAUGUGCAAGCUAGAAAGUUAAGAGAAGGAUCCGAAGCAUUUCGAAUAUUGAGGAGCAAAGGUGUUUCUGUUUCCAUAAAUGCUUGUAAUAGUCUCCUUGGUGGUCUUGUGAAGAUUGGGUGGGUCGAUUUAGCUUGGGAAAUAUAUGGGGAAGUUGUGAGAGGGGGUAUUAAGUUGAAUGCUUAUACAUUGAAUAUAAUGGUCAAUGCUUUAUGUAAAGAUCGAAAAAUUGAGAAUGUGAAUUUGUUCUUAUCAGAUAUGGAAAAGAAAGGAGUUUUCCCGGACAUUGUGACGUAUAAUACUCUAAUUAGUGCUUACUGUCGUGAAGGACUUGUUGAAGAAGCAUUUGAGCUGUUGAAUUUAGUCUCUAGUAAGGGUAUGGAACCAGGCAUUCUAACUUAUAAUGCUAUCAUAAAUGGCCUGUGCAAGACGGGUAAGUACAGCAGCGCAAAGCACGUUUUGAAUGAGAUGUUGCAACUUGGGUUAAGGCCUGAUACUACUACAUACAACACUUUGCUUGUUGAGAGUUGUCGAAGAGAUGAUAUUUUAGAAGCUCGAGAGAUCUUUGACGAAAUGUCACGUCAUGGCGUGCGUCAUGAUCUAAUUAGCUUUAGUUCUAUGAUUGGUGUGCUUUCAAGGAAUGGGCAUCUUGAUCGGGCUUGUCUGUGUUUUAGAGAUAUGAAAAGUGUUGGCCUAGUGCCUGAUAAUGUAAUUUAUACUAUACUUAUAGAUGGGUUUUGUCGAAAUGGUGCUAUUUCAGAUGCUCUGAAAAUGCGGGACGAGAUGCUUGCUCAGGGCUGUGUUAUGGAUGUGGUUGCGUACAAUACUAUUUUGAAUGGGUUAUGCAAGAAAAAGAUGUAUGUUGACGCAGAGAUGCUGUUUAAUGAAAUGGUCGAGAGGGGUGUGUUUCCAGACUUUUAUACUUUCACCACACUCAUAAAUGGAUAUUGCAAGGAUGGCAAUAUGGAUAAAGCGCUGAAUUUGUUUGGAACGAUGAUUCAUACGAACCUCAAGCCAGACAUUGUGACGUACAACACAUUGAUUGAUGGCUUUUGCAAAGUAGGUGAAGUGGAGAGAGCUAAGGAGCUGUGGGAUGAUAUGACCAGGAAAGAUAUUCUUCCUAACCACAUUUCCUAUGGAAUUGUAAUUAAUGGUUUCUGUAAUUCUGGUCAUUUAUCUGAGGCAUUGCGUUUGUGCGAACAGAUGGUUGAACAGGGUAUUAAACUCAAUCUCAUCACUUGCAAUACUUUAAUUAAGGGCCACUGCCGGUCUGGUGAUAUGUCAAAGGCGUAUGCAUGCUUGAGCAAAAUGAUAUCAAAUGGAAUAACUCCUGAUAGCAUCUCAUAUAAUACCCUUAUUGAUGGAUAUGUAAAAGAAGGGAAUGUAGAAAAAGCUCUUGUUUUGGUGAAUGAGAUGGAAAAACAAGGGAUCCAACUAGAUGUUAUUACAUAUAAUGAAAUUUUGAAUGGAUUCUGCGCACAAGGAAGAAUGAAAGAAGCUGAGCAGGUGUUAAGGAAAAUGAUCGAGAAUGGUAUAAAUCCUGACAGAGCCACUUUUUCUUCUCUGAUAAAUGGUCAUGUCAGCCAAGACAAUAUGAAGGAUGCAUUUCGUUUCCAUGAUGAAAUGCUGCAAAGAGGAUUGGUGCCUGAUGAUAGAUUUUAGUGCUUGCAACCACAUGCAUUUCAGCAAUAUUAUAUCACAAAUGUUCCUUUUGUUUACCACUUUAUUCAUCCAUCAAUUGGUAGGAUACUUCACAUCAGAUCUGAGCCUAGACGCUAAUACUUCUACUUGGAUGGCUUUCACCCCUUGAUUAUGACUACAGUGAACCAAAAUUCUAAUCAUCAUAGCCUCCCUCACCAAAGACCAACCCACAAUUUGCAGCCUCUCCUUCAUCAAACGAAUGACAGGGACUGCGGCACGAACGAUGAUUACUCUUGACCCUAUGACGUGAAGCAGCAGCAGGGCGACCUCCGGCAGUGCGAACGACAGUGACCCACGAUGCUGAGCAGUAGUGGAUUUGAACUAUAGAGUGACUCAUAUGGCGGUGGAUCUGAACGGCAAGUCUGAAUGUUGGUGACCCAACCUCCAGCGCCACCCGUAGGCAACAAAUGGUUUUAGAUCUGUAACACCCACCCUCUAUUGUGUCAGAUCUGCGAGCUUGAGCCCUUAUGAUCUGCAUUUCGAACUAUUUCGGCUCUUGAGUGUGGUGAUGGGUUAUUUUGGAGUGCUGCUCCUUCAGGUAGGCGAGUUGUCAUUGGUCUAUUUGGAGAAACAGUCCCUAAAAUCGCAGGGGAGAAAGGAAUUGGGAGGAGCAAGAAGCCUCUACAUUAGAAAGGAAGCAAGCUUGUGCAAACUAAGCUUGUGACUUUAUUCGAGCAACGAUGAUGUGGAGCCAACAUGGGAGCUAAAAUUGCAGAAAAUGACAAAAACAGUUUACCCGAGAUUUUAACUGCAGUAAAACGAAGAAUCACCUGAAAUUUGGGUUGGACCUCGUUUAUCAAUUUGGUUGCCCUAAAAUUGAGGAGGGGUAUAAAAGCUUCAAAUGAGGGUUGCCUCUAUAAUUCUUCAUCAAUCCCUAAAGAGAACAAAACAAGAAAGAAGGGAAGAUUCUUACAUUUUGUUGAGGACUCGAAGAAGACAGAAAUUGAGCUAAUAAAAUUGUCAUUUUUGUAUUAUUUAAUUAAUGAGUUUUGUAUUUUCUUCUUCCCUCUUCUUUGUCAUAGAGUUAAAGUAAUAGCUAAAUACAUUAAGAGGGUUGUGGACCUGUACUCGUGAAUGCUGAUUUUUUGGUUUAUAAAGUUGUUUCUACUUGGUUAA